GCCGUGAAUUUUGACCGGACGGUCCGUGAUUCGAGCCUGAACUCUGUCUCUCGACUUUUCCUGCCCGGGUUUGAACAACCUGGCAGUAUCCCAGCCCUCGCGCUUUCUUUUGGUGGCAUGGCAGUUUGGCACAGGAAGGGUGCUAUAGCUGAACGAUGGAUGACCACCGGAAACGCUCCAUACGUUCGUACCUGUCUUGGUAAUCGAACUAACCAAUCACCAACAGCCAUGGGUCAAGGUCAACAGAAAAUUCCACAUCGGCCUCUGCGGUUUCACAUUCGCUUGCCGUUGCUUAAAAUGAAGCCAAGAUUCGAUUCCGCAGAAAAACUAAAGAAGAAGCUGAAGAAAAUCAAAGAAAAACAAGUCAAACCGUCCACACCUGAUGUCUCGUCUUGCGAAAGAGUUGAGCAACUUCCCGGUUCUGAAUUACUACUCAGUGGGUCAUUUGCGGACCUACCUGUCUCCGAACCCAUCAAACGAGCCGUGGCGAAUAUGGGGUUCAAAGAAAUGACCGAAAUACAAAAACUCUGUCUGCCUCAGCUAUUGGAACAUCGGGAUGUGAUGGCAUGUGCAAAAACUGGCAGCGGGAAAACUUUGGCGUUCGUCAUUCCUGUUGUUGAGUUGAUGCUCCAGCUAGGCUUACAGCCCAGAAAUGGCACCGGUGCUAUUAUAAUUUCACCUACUCGAGAACUGAGCCUGCAGACUUACAGCGUUUUACGGGAGGUUACACAGUUCACUUCACUUCGUAUUGGCUUGAUAAUGGGUGGCAGCAAUCGUCAUACAGAGGCACAGAACUUGGAGAAAGGUGUCACAAUCUUGGUCGCUACUCCGGGCCGGUUGUUGGACCACUUGACCAAUACUAAGAAUUUUCUUCGUCACAACUUGAAAGCUUUGGUAAUAGACGAGGCUGAUCGCAUGCUCGAUAUUGGAUUUGAGGUCGAAAUGCGUCAGAUCAUACGGCUUUUACCGUCAGUUCGUCAGACUAUGUUGUUUUCGGCCACUUUGAAUGCGAAGACCCGCCAUCUUGCGAAGGAGGCCCUGAAGACAGACUGUGCGAUGAUUGGGCUCCAACCAGAAGGUGAUGCUACUGUUGAAGGCUUGGAGCAGGGUUACGUGGUGUGUGCCCCAGAAAAGCGCUUUUGCCUUUUAUACACAUUUAUCAAGAAGAACAAAAAUAAAAAGGUGAUGGUCUUCAUGUCAUCGUGUAUGGAAGUGAAGUUUUAUUAUGAGCUGUUGAACUUCGUUGACACUCCUGUGAUGGCCAUUCAUGGACGUCAGAAGCAAGCAAAACGUACAAGCACGUUUUUAAACUUCAUCAAGGCUGAAUCUGCUGUUCUUCUGUGUACAGACGUCGGGGCUCGUGGACUGGACAUACCAAAGGUGGACUGGAUUUUACAAUACGACCCACCAGAUGAAGCCAAAGAGUACAUUCAUCGUGUUGGAAGAACCGCUCGAGCUGGAAGUGAGGGGAAUGCACUGCUUGUGUUGCGUCCACAUGAGCUAGAAUUCCUCGCCAUCCUGCGACAAGCUCGCGUGAAGGUGGUUGAGUAUGAGAUGGCUCAGUCCAAGCUGGCUGACGUCCAGCCAGCUCUGGAAAAACUGGUGAGCACGAACUACUUCCUGGCUUUAUCGGCGCAAGAGGCAUUCAAAGGGAUAGUACGGGCUUACGCCUCAUCCAGCUUGCCUUGUUUUAAUGUGGAUCAACUUGAUCUCGCUGCCCUGGCGCGCACCUGUGGUCUUCAGGUUGUGCCGAAGGUGGAUUUGAUGGUGAAACCAAGGAAAUCUAAAGGUUUAGGUGGCAGCAAGCACUACACUCCAUUUGGUGUCUCGGGUAAAAAGGCAAAGAAAGCGAAAAUUUACAAACGCAUUAGCUGAUUUCUCGCCUUUUGUUGAUUGUGUACAUACAAACCUAAAGUAAAUCACUAUUACAC